AUGGUGGGCAAUUACAGGUAGUCAAAUAUUUGAUGAUUUUGACAAUGUUGAUGUCAAUGCUAAGGGAACAAGACGUAAAUCAAUACCGUUUGAGGUGGCAGUAGAAUAUGGAUCAGUACAGGUUGUGAAGCACAUGAUUGAAAACUGCUAUGUUCCAGCCAAAUAUGAAGGUUCCAACACAACAUUACACUUUGCUGCUAGCAGAGGAAAUUUGCCAGUAGUAAAAUAUCUUAUCAGAACCAGAGGGUUUGAUGUCAAUGUGAAAGGUUUGCAUGACUGGACUCCACUUCACUCUGCAUGUCGUAAUGGACAAUUAGAGGUGGUAAAGUAUUUGAUGGAGAACGAACGUACAAAUCUCGAUGCUAAAGAUUCAAAAUAUGAUCAACUCCACUUGAUUUAGCAACAGCAUACAAUACUUCUGUGGAUGUAGUUAAAUACAUGAUUGAAGAUAAAAACUGCUAUCGUCCAAUCAAGGACAUGGUGUCAACACACCACUUCAUUUAGCUGCAUACCAAGGAAACUUGUCAGUAGUCCGAUAUCUUAUUGAAGAGAGAGGCUUUGAUGUCAAUAGAAAAGGUUUGCAUGACUUGACUCCACUUCACUGUGCAUGUCGUAAUAGACAAUUAGAGGUGGUAAAGUAUUUGAUGGAGAAUGAAGAUAUCAAUGUUAAUGCUAAGGAUUCAAAAUAUGGAUCAACGCCACUUGAUUUAGCAGCAGCAUACAACAGAACUGUGGAUGUUAUUAAAUACAUGAUUGAAGAUAAAAAAUGCUAUAGUUCACCCAAGUUACAUGGUUUCAACACGCCACUUCAUUCAGCUGCGUACCAAGGAAACUUGUCAGUAGUUCGAUAUCUUGUUGAAAACAUUGGGUUGAAUGUCAAAGUGAGAGGUUUAGAGAACCGAAUGCCACUUCAUGCUGCAUGUCGAGGAGGACAUUUGGAUGUAGUUAAGUAUUUAAUAGGGGAAAGUAAAAUGGCUGAAGAUGAAUAUUAUGGUGAAAUUCCUCUUCAUUUAGCUGCUGAAUAUGGAACCUUGGAAAUGGUUCAGUACAUGGUUGAUGAGAGAAAUUUUGAAAUGCAAUUUUCAAGUGAGAAAGGAUACACACCACUUCAUUGUGCUGCCCGUGGUGGAAAACUGGACAUUGUUAAAUAUCUUAUUGAAAAAAAAGGUUAUAACCCAAACUGUAACGGGUAUUUAAGCAGAACUCCGCUUAACUCAGCAUGUCAUGGUGGUAAAUAUGAUGUGGUUGAGUACCUGAUAAGAGAAUGUGGUGUUGAUCCAUCAUUACGUGAUGACCAUGGUAAUACUUCACUUCAUUCUGCUGUGUAUAGUGGUCAAAUAUCUAUUGUCGAAUUGUUGGUUGCUGAAUUCGACAAUGAGAAUGAUGCUUUUGAUAAUCAUGUAAGAGAUGCGGCAUCUUUGGCAAAAGAAAAUGGCCACAAAGACAUCUUCACCUUCCUGGAAAAUUCCAUAAAGCUACAUCAGGAUUCCCUUUAGAAAAACUCUGAUGAGGAGUUUGACAACAACAAAAGCCAUACGGACUGGAAAAGUGAUAGCUACUGGAUCAUUCAGCUCCAUCGUUGAGUUAAAAUCUCUGCCACUGGCGGAGAAAGUCGCAGGAAAGUCUUUGAAAAUUUCCUCAGACACCAAACAUCGAUUAAUGCGAAGGCAAUAAUACAAGAAGUUGAAAUAAUUAAAAAAUUGUCCCAUGCAAAUAUUGUUGAGAUAAAAAGGAGUGUGUAUUCUGCCAGAUAACGUU